AUGGCUGCUGGCGUUGCUGACAUGAGCGGAUCCCAUCCCAGCUUAGGGGGAGGAUACAGAGUAAAAGUGACAGCUCCGAAGCCUCAGAAGAAAGAGCUGGAGUCGUCAGAGGAGUCGCUCUUCACUCGCUCAGCACGAGACUCUGCGGACAUGAGCAUGGAGGAGUCGGCUGGAGGAAGCAGCGUCCCGCCGGAUGACGGAAGUGACCUCAUAGCAAGAAAGUUCGAGGGGAGCUUGUCGGAAGGCGAGGAGAAGGAGAACGCUGCUGGUUCCGUCUGGCACACGUCGAGCGAUGAUGACUCGCCGGAGGAAAUUAGCGAGUUGAGCGAGGAGGGGGCUUCCGGAGGACGACGGCGUCGGAAGGGCGUGAAGGAGAAGGGGAGAAAGAAGAUCAAAGGGAAGAAAGGAAAGGUUGGGGGGGGUGAGGAAACGAAGGGGAGUGCCACUCGAACUAAGAAGAAUGGCAAGCUGAAGGUGAUGGUUGAAGAGGAGAAGAUCAAGUUUCUGGAGGAGGAGCUGAAGCAGCUGAAACAGAGCAUGGACCUGGAGGGGUCCAAGGAGGAGGAGGAGGAGGAGGAGGAGGAGGAGGAGGAGGAGGUAUCGACGGAUGAGGAUGAGAGGCUGCUGGCGAAGGCGGAGAGCCGGUGGGGAGCACUUUCGAGCCUCGUCUCCUCCGACUCCGUCGGAGAGGACAGAGGACAAGGGCUGGACGAGCGGCAGCAGCUCGCGUCGAAGAGCCUGAAAAGAGAGUUGGAGAUUGAAGCGAAGAAAUGGCUGAUGAAGAUGGCGACUGGGUAUGAAGCCGGAUGCUUGAAAUUCACGUGCAAGUUCUGUGGAGACGAGUUCGAGGGGGAGUUGAGCGUCAUGGGCUGCAAGCUGCACCUGAUGCGAGCCCACAAGAGGUAUCUGAUCUCGAGUGACGUCACCAAGGUUGCAGAGCAGGAGCAGGAGGAGAAGGAGGCCAAGAAACGAGAAGCGCAGUACCAGAAAGAGCAGCAGCAGCUGAUCCAGAAGCAGAUCCAAAUGGACAUCAUGAAGGAGCGGCAGAAACAGGCGGAUGAACGGAGGGCGAGGCUGCUGGAGGACGAGAGGAUGAGGCUGCAGGAGAUCGACAAGAAGAAGGUCGAGAGGAAGAGGGAUGUCAAGACGAUGAAGAAGCUCCCCAAGAGGGUGAUGAGGUUCCAUCCCAAGUGGGGAUACGUUCCCAACGACGUGAACCCGAUCAAGUUCGGCCUGAAGCUCAACAGGAAGAGGAACAAGAAAUUCGUCAGCUGA